AGCAGCGACACACCAAUCGCGGAGUCAGCAGAGUCGAAGGAAUCCAAGGAAUCUCGCGAGAAAAAGGAGGCGGCAAAGCCAGCAGCGAAGUUCCGAGCGGCAGAUGACAACGAAACAGUAAACGAGGUGGUCAGCAAUUGGGGUGCUGCCCAGGCGAUGUUACAGAAGAAGGAAGGAGCAGGCACACCAUUGGGAGGUGCACCAGCACCAGCAAAGCCGCCACCACCACCGCCUCCGCCACCAAAGCCCAAGGGUCCUCCAAGUACUGGCUUCCGAGCGGCCGAUGACAAUGAGACAGUAAACGAAGUUGUCAGCAACUGGGGAGCUGCUCAAGCUAUGUUACAGAAGAAGGAAGGAGUCGCGAAUGUUCCACAGGGGUUCCGAGCUGCAGAUGAUAACGAGACAGUGAAUGAAGUUGUUAGCAACUGGGGAGCGGCCCAAGCUAUGCUUCAA